AUGAAGUCCUGGAGCAUAUCCCCUGCCCAGCCUGCCGGCGCUGCAGGACUGGCCGACUGCUACCUGCCUCAUCACGGCGUGAUGCGCAAGGGAAGCUCGGCCAAGAUUCGAAUCGUUUUUAAUGGCUCGUCUACGGUUCUUUCAGGAGCCAGCCUCAACAGGCAUCUCAAGGUGGACCCCAAUCUGUUGCCCGCCUUGGAAGACGUUUUGCUGCGGUGGCGAGCCCAUCGCUUCGUGCUGGCGAGUGACAUCGAGAAGAUGUAUCGCCAGAUUCUCGUCGCCCCGGAGGAUCGACAUCUUCAGAGAAUUCUGUGGUGCUACGAGGACCAGACUGCUCCGCAGACCUUCGAGCUCAACACCGUGACGUACGGAAUGACCUGCGCUCCGUUCCUGGCGGAGAAUCACGCUAAUCUCGGCCUCCACUGGCACCCGAGCGGGGACUGCUUUUCCUUCUCCACUCGGUUCAUCAAGGUGUCAACUUACACGAAGCGGUCCGUCCUCUCGCUGACGGCCCGCCUCUUCGACCCACUGGGCUGGCUGGCUCCGACCGUCAUACGGGCAAAGAUCCAGUUUCAGUCCACGCGGCUGCAAGGCUUGGACUGGGACACUCCAUUGGACGAGGCCAACGCGCAACAAUGGAGCAGGUUCCAAGCUGACCUCCCUCGUCUGGAGGAAAUUCGCGUCCAGCGACGCGUGCCCAUCAGCGAAGCAGACGCCCGAGUCGAGCUGCAUGGCUUCGCGGACGCAUCCGAGCGGGCCUACGUCGCCGUUGUCUACGCGAGGACGGAAAUCCGCCAAGGAGAAAUCAAAGUUGCUCUUGUUUCAGCAAAGACCAGGGUAGCGCCGUUGAGAACGAUGUCACUACCUCGCUUGGAGCUCUGCGCGGCCUCGUUGCUUGCCAGGCUAGUGGCGCACCUCCACCAGGCUCUCGGUACAGGAGACGCGCCCAUCCAUCUGUGGUCCGACUCGACUGUCGCAUUAGGCUGGAUCCGCGGCCACCCCUCACGCUGGAAGGUGUACGUCGCGAACCGCGUUGCCGAGAUUCAGACCUUGUCGGGAGCACACUGGCACCAUCUCCCGGGGACGGAGAACCCCGCCGACUGUGCAUCGCGGGGAAUCUCCCCGAGCGAAUUGGUCAGCCAUUCACUCUGGUGGAGGGGUCCGCCCUGGCUUUCGGAGGACCCAACAUCGUGGCCGUCAUCACGGGAGGAAGAGCCCAUCGGUGACCAGCCGGAGGAGCGCGUCAGAGCGCACGCUGCCGCUGCGCCGUUUCCAGAGGUGGCCGAACCGGAAGAGCUGACGCGUUUUUCCUCGCUCAAUCGCCUUUUGCAAGUGACCGCGUGGUGCCGGCGAUGGAGGCGCGUACUUGCGGCUAAGCAUCCGCCGCCCGUCGCAACGAGUCUGCCAUCGGCCAAGGACACCCUGUCAGCCUCCAAAUGCUCGCGUGGCAUGGAUUCGGGUGGUACAGGCUGCAGCAUACAAGGAGUUAAGAACGCUCGCGCGGGGAGCGUCAUUGCCGAGCAAAACAGUCUCAUCAAGCUUACUCCGUUUGCAGAUCCCCUAGGCAUCUUGAGGGUUGACGGGCGGAUCAAGCACGCCCUCCUGGCGUAUGACGAGAGGCACCCGAUGAUCCUGCCCAGCUCAUCUCAUUUCACGCAGCUCAUCGUCGAGGCAUGUCACCGGCGAACCACCUGCACGGAGGCCUCGGGACCCUCAGGCAGCGGUACUGGAUCCUUCGAGGACGGCAGCUGGUGA